AUGACCAACUCUACAUCUACGACUACGGAAAUACCAAACGACAUCGAACGGUUUCACGAUUUGGUGACAACAAGUUCGUACGUCAUAGCACCCAUUGGUAUCAUCUUUAAUAUUCUGGCUCUAAUAGUGUGGGUCAUCAUUCGGAAACAGACCACAAUAUAUCCUCUCUUGGUGAUACUCUCCUUCUGUGAUUGUAUUUCUCUUGUGUGUUCUCUUUAUGCUAAAAAUUACCAACAGACGUUUGAAAUGUUCUAUUCUCUACCUCAAAAAUAUACUGUACAGUUUAUAGAAUUUCCAGAUUCUUACUUCCACUAUCAAGGAAUAGAUGCCAAGUUUGUGGUGAGAUUUAUACGUUUAACUAUGGAGUAUAUGUCGUUUUUAACCACCUUGGCCAUUGGAAUUACCCGCUUUGUUGCCAUUUCCAGACCUCUGAAAGCAAAAACGUUUAUUUCCGUAAAUUUGUGUGUUUGGUUGGGAUUAGUUUCGCUUAUAAUAAGUGUAAUCUGUAAAUUAGCCAUCACAUUUAGUGGUGCUGUGUUUUUCCCCUCAGUAGAGAAGUGGACGAUAGCUGUGAGAUGCAUCAUAGUAUUUUUCUAUGGUCUGCCAUGGUUUGUGAUGUUGGUGGUGAAUGCGGGGAUGUUGAUACAUUUAUGUCGGAUGAGACGAGCUGCCAGGAGUUUAAAUUCUAAUCAAGAUGACACUGGCAAUAAAAUGACUGUAACCGUGUCAUUGAUGACCUUAUGUUCCUUAUUAGUGUUUCCAGUUCGGGCAAUUUCAUUGGCCUAUGUUGUUUCAGUACCAGUUUCCGGAAACAUCGUUAUGCAACCCGGAAGUCAGUAUACCGCAGCAAAACUUAUUAUUGAUAAUAUUACGGGGCCAACGGAAGUUGCUUCACGGAUAAAUAGUUCCGUCAAUUUAUUAUUUUAUUGUACAUUAGGAACUAGAUUUAAGAACGUUUUGUUUGGACUUGGUCGGCGAACAGAAGAUUCAAAGCCGAAGUCAAAACCAGAAAGACUAUCGCAACAUGUAUCUACAAUCAUUUAA